AUGCAGAGGACCGUGCACGCGCCCCUGCAGUUUUAUGAGAAGGUGGCCAGAGUGAUGAACUCGGACCAGGAAAGGCCGUACGUGUGCAACGCUCCUGGCUGUUCUCAGCGAUUCCCCACGGAGGACCAUCUGAUGAUACAUAGACACAAACAUGAGAUGACCCUUAAGUUCCCCUCCAUAAAGAACGACAACAUGUUAUCAGACCAGACACCCACACCAACACGCUUCUUGAAGAACUGUGAGGAGGUGGGAUUGUUCAGUGAACUGGACUGCUCCAUUGAGCAGGAGUUUUGCAAGGCCCAGGAAGAAGAGGACAGUAAACAGAGCAUCUCAUUGCACGGCCAGACAGGCCAAGGCCAGCACCAGCAGUCCCACUCACGGAUGGGCAACCAUGAUACCAGCAUAGUGAUCCAGCAGGCCCUGCCAUCUCCUCAGUCCAGCUCCGUCAUCACUCAGGCUCCAUCGACCAACAGACAGAUAGGGCCUGUCCCUGGCUCGCUGUCCUCAUUGCUGCACCUACGAAACAGACAGAGACAGCCUCUGCCAGCCUCCAUGCCUGGAACUCUGCCAGACCCGACCAUGCCUGGCUCCUCCGCUGUGCUGAUGCCUAUGGAGAGACAAAUGUCCAUGGGCUCCAAUAUGAUGGGUAUGCAAGGACCCACCCACAGCAGCUCCUGCUCUUCCACUCACAUUCCCUCCAUGCACUCAGAAGCCAAACUGAGGCUGAAGGCUGCACUUUCACACCACCCGGGUACCAUUGCCAACGGCAACAUGAACUCCAUGGGCCACAUGAUGGAGAUGAUGUCAUCGCGGCAGGAGCAAGGCGCCCACCAUCACAUGCACUCGCACCCGCACCAGCACCUGCAAGCCCCUCCUCACGCAUACCAGCACCACAGCCACCACCACCACAGCCAGGGCCACGGCCAGGGUGGACACCACCACCCGCAGGGACACAACCCCCAUCAAAACUCCCACAAUGCCCACCUACAUCCUGGGCACCCACACCAGACCUCACCGCACCCUCCAAUGCACUCUGCUUCUCAUAUGUCACCUGCAACCCAGCAGAUGCAUCCCACGCAGACACUGCAGUCUCCGCCACCCAGCGGCGGGCGGCGCAGGCGAGUAGUGGAUGAGGAUCCGGACGAACGUCGGCGGAAGUUUCUGAAAAAAAAAAAAAAGAUGAGAAAACAAAAAAAAAAAAAAAUAAAAAAGAAGGGCGCGGGCGCAAGGAGAGAGAAAAAGGGGGGGGGGUUAGCGGAAGAGCUCACUCAGACCAACAUGCAGCUUCAGAAUGAAGUGACCAUGCUAAAGAACGAGGUGACCCAACUCAAGCAGCUUCUCCUCACACACAAGGACUGUCCCAUCACCACUAUGCAGAAAGAGUCCCAAGGUUACCUCAGUCCAGACAGCAGUCCGGCGGGCAGUCCAGCUCCAGCGUGCUCCCAGCAGCAGGUCAUUCAGCACAACACCAUCACCACCUCCACCACAACCAUAGGGGGCAGCAGUGUGCACGGACAAACCAAUCACCGCACAGACAUUAACCCCAUCCACUAGGUUCAAGAGAGACUAUAACCCCUGCCCAAACUCCCCCUGCUACCCUGCUUUCUGAGGGUUGCCAACUGCACAUGCUGGCCCCCCUCUCCCUCCAUCAAGAGAAACCUCAAAGGCCUGUGAGGCUGUUCUUUAUACAGUAGCUACAGUAUGUAUUUUUAUAGACCAAUCCUAUUAACGCAUAAAUGUUCUAUGGUUUGUUGCAUCUUUCUUAUCUGUUUUUCAUGCUUUUAGCAAAAAGGGAGUUUCUGCUAAUCUCAUGCAGCAUUUAAGUGAAUUUUUCUGUUGUGUAAUGGUACAAAAUGGACCACAGCGGUCAUGGACCCUGAGGACAGAAACAUAAGCCUCAGACUGCCAUCUCUAUUAGCAGGCCUUACAUCUCUGUAUGCCCGAUGGACUGAAAAAUAAGUCAAAUCUUUCUCUGAAUAUUACACGUGGACAGUGUGUUGAGUGUAUGCAACAGACACUAUGAGUGGGAUGUUGCUGCCUUUAAGUUGUCUUUUGAAACCAAGUCAAACUGUCACCAUGAUGUCUUGAAGACAGGAAUAUGCAAGCAGGUGUAAUGAUCCUUUUCUUUUCUUGAAGCGUAAAUGACUGUUAACCAUUUCCCUGUCAGCGGUAUUCUUAAAGAGUGUCAUAAAAUACAGCACGACAGUGAAAACAUGAUCAAAGCAAUACAUCGCAGUAUUGAUCAUCUUCUCUACUGUGUGUCCACUUGAUCAGCAUGGCCAAGCCACUCUGGUCCCGAGGACGAUGCUGUUACAGCUACAGAACUGUACACUGUGAUACCAGUGAGGCAGCUCAGGAGUUGUCAAAAACUCCUCCGCUCUCCAGGACCAACUGAAGCUUUAAUUAUUGAGGCCUCUUUUCGUGUUUGUGCAUCUGGAUUUUAGGAUCCAUAGUUUUGAGUAUGCAUGUGAAUGAUGUAUAUUAUGUUUUGCCUUCUUUCCUCUGCAGAACAAAGUUCAGUGGGUGUGUAAAGAAAGAAAAACAAAAAAAGUGUGUGAGAAAGUGACUGUGAGCAUGAUUUUUAUUUUAUUUUUUUAUAUAUAUAUAUAUAUAUAUGACUGGCAUCUUACAACUGGCAAAGUGUUUUAGGGUUUCUAAAGACAAAAAGAGGAGCAGUUUAUGCCUGUGCUUUCCAAAAUGUCACAAUGUGCCUGAAUCUUUCUUAAAAUCUUUUGUUGGCUUUCUGUAGACAGCAACUCGUUCUCUUCAAACAAUCAAAACUAUUCUCAGUGUGUUAUUAAUGAGUUGUCUCGGCUUUCGUCUUGGAUGUCUGCUGCACGUAAGCGCAAAACCAGCUGACCAAGGAGAAAAAUACCCGCUUUUCAUUUGACCUCUCUGACUUCAUCAAUUUCUCUUCCUCUCUUUCUCAGGCCGCCGCUGCAGAGUAAAGGCUGUACUAAUAGUGACGUUUUUUUUUUUUUAUUCUCCAUUCCAGCCUUGAAACUUCACGCCUUCUCAUGUUGACUCCUCUUUAUCUCUUUCCUAUGACCAGGAAUGUCGACUCAUUAGCAUGAUGACCAUAAUGCACUGUGUUUUACAGUAGGAUGGAUGAAAUACAUUCCACUGACAGGUGGAGCGAUCGCAGAGCUGUCUAUGCACUUUGUCCUCUGUCAUGCCAGAGGGUAGAAUAGCCAUAUUAAAGGUCCCGGUAAUUCUCAGUGAUCCCCCUCCCUUUUCACACACCAGCGAGAAACUUAACUGUGUUUGGCUUUAUGGAGAAACUGUGCCUGGCAUGCAUCACGUGUGUGUAGAUAAAAGAAGGGAGCCUAGAGCUCGUUACGUUUGUGCCCUUUUUAUUCUGGAAAAUAAAGUUGAAGGACGUGAAAUGUAAAUCUUUAUCCUCAUAACAUUCAAGUUUUGUCGAAGCAUUCGGACUGUUAAUGUGUUAACCCUGGAGUCUGUGUGUUCCGAUGAGACAGAGAAAUUUGAUUCUCUUGAAAAGGGCUUUGUCGUACCAACCCUUUGAACUGAAGCUUGCCUUAUUUUAGGUUGUUUUUAAACCAUAUUUAGACUGUUAGACCAUUCCAAAUUAACCUCUUGCAUGUGAAAAGUAUGGCAAUGACCUCAAAAUACUUUCAACUGGAAUACUUUGGAGGUUAGCUAUUUUAGAGUUAGUUUUCUUUUUUUGACAGUGGGUCCAGGUUCAGAAAAAGACAUUACUGCCGAGGCAGACAAAAAAAGACAGAUGGAAGUGCAGUGUAAGUGCAUCGGUGUGGAUUUGUGAGAGGUGGAGAACAAUUCCUAUGUAUUAAUGAUGUUAUAAUUGUAUUAUUUUAAAUCUAAAACUAUAAAUAUUGUACAUAAUGUCAUUAAUUUCGGUUAUCCUGUACAUGUAAUGCAACCACCUUUCUUUUUGAAGGGAGUCAAUGUGUGGUACAUGUUUGUAAAUAAUGUUUGCAUAGCACUUGUGGCCUUUUGUUGUACGUCGAGGCUCAUUUCAGCGCUUAAAUACAUUGUUUAUAUGUAAUGGACUGACGAAUCCAUUCUUUCCCGCAUAACUUUGUACAUUUUGUGUGUAUCUGUAAUGACAUUGUCUUCAUUUUGUUUUGCAUUUGUACAGAUGUUAAAGUAUCACUGCAGCUACAUUACGGUAUGAAAAUAAAGCACUUGUUGUGUAACAUACAAACUAA